UUGGCGCCUCACCAAGCACGACCACGGGAGUGUGGCUGACAGUUUACCUCACGAUCUCAACUGGCACGCCGGGAGGUUUGAAAAGUGCUCCGAAUCGAAAUCGCAUUUUGUUGUACUCUCUGCCGAACUUUCUUCCUCCGGGAAACGGAAGAAAUUGGGAACGGUUUCCUCUUUUCGCAACAAAAACGUGACAAAGGAUGAAAAUGCUUGUUGGGAAUGUGAACGACAGUAUAAAUACUAUGUCGACAGAAGCAUACGAUUCAACGUCCGACGUAUCCUUCACUGUCAAGGAAGAGGACGCGAUUGUGACGUUGGUGGUCGUUGUAAUCGGCAUCAUCAUCGUCAUAUUGGCGCUGUUCUCAAUGGGUAUCUUCAUAGAUUGCAAACACCAAAAGAAAGAUUCUUCGAAGAAGAGAAGACUGAGGCUGAAAAUGCCGCCGCUCACACGAAAAGGCUGCAAAACCGACGUGAAAGCCUUAGCUCCAAAUAUGUAUCCCAACGGCGCCGACGAUACCGGACUCAAGGAUGAGAGGGAUGAUAUAGUUUGACGUUCGGAAGAAUUACGAAAGAUUCAGGAAAAUUACGACACACGUUUGAUAAAGACUGUACAAAAAAUUUGAGACCUACAAGUCUCAUGACGAUUAUAGUCAGUAUUUAAUAAUUUAUAUGAGUGGGAGAAAUGUUGAAACAUUCCUUAGUCACAAUUUUCCAAAGCAAAUUCGAAAAUUUCGAAGACCUAUUGUUCAAUCAAAGAUAUGCGAUUGAAUUACUUCGUAUAAAUGCAGUUGAUAAAUUUGGAAUUGAGUAACAGCGACUCAAAAUUAAAGCUAACCCGAACAAAAGUAUACGUAUCUCUUGUAAUCUAUAGUGCGUAUUCGGAUAAUUUAGAUAUCGCAUAGAUAUAAUAAUUUCGAAUAUUGGUAAAAAUACGGUAAUAAUUCGAGUCGAGUUGAGAUAAAGCUUAUUCGCGUGGCGGACUGCACAAACAAAAAUUAAGUCCAUAUAUUUUAAUAUUACAAAUUUAUGGCACUAUAUCCCGUACGUGAAUAUUUUAAUCGACACGAGCGGCGGUACCUACAGGAAAAAAAGAACGAAAUUUAUUUGGUCGUCUCAAAUUUAAUAUACAUAUACGUAUAUAU